AGACUAGCCCCUUGAUCUCCCUCAACUUUUAUAGGAUUCUCAAAUUCAUGGAUGAUGCAUGAAGACGAUGUCUUUUCCGCUACAAUUAGAUCCAUCGUCUUAGCUUAUGCAUUUAUGUUUCCUUGCCGUAGAUUCACCGUAACCAGAUCCUUGUUUUAUUUUCCUAGUUCAUAGGAAACUUAACCUCAUCAGUUAUAUCACUAUCAUCGUUGGCGAGUAGAGAAACACUUAGUAGUUAGUAGGGAUUACAAGAUUCAUGCCGAUCCACUUCAAUGAUCAUGAAUCCGAGAAGAAGAACAAGGACAUGAAGAUUGCAUUAUGUCUUCAUCGAUCUCACAGUUGUCAAAUUUAUUACUGCAAUGUUGAAAUAAGGCUUACCAAACUCGGAGAAAAGGCAGGAGACGCGCAGCGAGAGAAGGGCGAAGUCCACGUUUGGUGUGCAUGGCGAGGGUUACAAGUCUGAUGCUAACAACGUAAAGAAGACGUUGCUUUGAGUUUGGGUUUGGGCAGGGGAUAGAUUUCUUCUUAAUGUCAUCGUCGGAUUCAUCUUCUCCUCUACUCCAAUAUUGUUGAUCUUCUUAAAAAUUUCAUCUUUAUUUAGAAAAAAUUUGUCUGUACACGAUGUCAACACCGCUUCAGCCUACUCAUCUUGCUAUAAAAGAAUUCAACUUUGUCCUGGCUCUUCCUAGCAUCGUCUCAGGCUCGUUGAGUUUGGGGUUUUUAGAGAUCGAGGAAUAUGGAGGGAGGUGAGAAGUUGCCGGCGGGAGGAGCCUUGGACGGCGCCUGGGCGGCCGAACUGAUCGCGGAGCUGAGGCGGGGCUUUGCCUCCGGGAGGACCCGGAGCUACGCGUGGAGGGCCGAGCAGCUGAAGGGCAUUGCCAGGAUGAUCGAGGAAAAAGAGGCGGAGAUCAUGACAGCCCUCCACGAUGACCUCGCGAAACCCCAUUUGGAGUCCUUCCUUCAUGAGAUUUCAAUGGCAAAAGCAUCAUGUACAUUUGCCCUUAAAGAAAUGAAACAAUGGAUGAAACCGGAAAAGGUGCCAACAUCUAUUACAACUUUUCCAUCAUCAGCAGAAAUUAUUUCAGAGCCCUUGGGCAUCGUGCUAAUCAUUUCAUCUUGGAACUAUCCAUUCUUGCUGUCAAUUGACCCUGUAAUUGGAGCUAUAGCAGCAGGCAAUGCUGUUGCUUUGAAACCAUCAGAAGUUUCCCCAACUACAUCAUCAUUUUUUGCAAAGAUUUUACCAGCCUAUGUAGAUAAUUCUUGCAUAAAAGUCAUUGAGGGUUCCAUCCCUGAAACAACAGUACUUCUGGAGCAAAAGUGGAACAAAAUAUUCUACACAGGUAGCAGAAAUGUGGGACGCAUUGUGAUGGCUGCUGCUGCGAAGCAUCUUACACCAGUAACCUUGGAGCUUGGAGGGAAAUCUCCCGUCGUUGUGGAUUCAAAUGUCAACGUUAAAGUGGCAGCCAAGAGAAUUGCAGUAGGCAAGUGGGGAUCCAACAGUGGACAAGCUUGUAUUGCCCCUGACUAUAUUCUAACAACAAAAGCAUUCGCAAUAACACUGGUAGAAGCACUAAAGAUAACUUUGGAUAAAUUCUAUGGGAAGGAUCCACUGGAAUCAGGAGAUUUAUCUCGUCUUGUGAAUGUUAAGCAUUUCUCACGCUUGACAAAUCUCCUAAAUGACAAGAAAAUUUCUGGCACAAUCAUCUACGGAGGCCAGCGUGACGAACAAGGCCUGAAGAUUGCUCCUACUCUCUUGUUAGAUGUUCCGCACGAUUCACUGAUAAUGGAUGAAGAAAUAUUUGGUCCUUUACUUCCAAUUAUCACAUUUGAUAAGAUAGAACAGUGCUUUGAUUUUAUCCAAUCAAAGGAAAAGCCUCUUGCAGCCUAUCUGUUCACUAAGGACAAGAAACUAGAAGAGAAAUUUGUGAAAACUGUGUCUGCAGGUGGCAUUCUCAUCAACGAUACCGGCCUACAUUUUGCUAAUCCACAUUUGCCGUUCGGUGGUGUGGGUGAAAGUGGAAUGGGAGCUUACCAUGGGAAAUUUUCAUUCGACACGUUUAGUCACAGAAAGUCUGUACUAUCUCGCGGCUUCGCUGGUGAAGUCCGAGCUAGAUAUCCUCCAUAUACACAGCAGAAGCAGAAGAUUCUGAGGGGAUUGAUCAAUGGUAGCUUCAUUGCUGUUCUUCUGGCUUUGAUUGGAUUGCCAAGAGAUUAAGGAUUUGAUUGUCCCAAUGUAUCGUUUUGCUGCAACAUUUGAUAUUGAAAAGGUUAAAUACAUUUGAAUCUUGCAGUUCUUUCUGGUAGAUAAUUGGGUUCUCAGAACUGCUUGGAUUGAUCGAUUGAUGACUGAACUUAUGUGUGUGUUUUCUUCUUAAAAAUGUUAAUAAACUCAGUUUCCGGUUUCAUCA